AUGUCAUUCUUCUUCAACCGUGGCCGGUCGCGACAGCCUGCAGAUGUGGCCGACGAGGAGCUCGCAAAGCAGCUAGCACAGAUGAAAAUUAUUGUUCAAGGAACUCAAGAAAUUACAACGUCUCCCGACCAAGUACAUGCACUCGUCCAAGCAACCUUACAAGAGGAUUUACUCUUUGACCUCUCACGAACUAUUCACCUCCUUCCAUUUGAGGCCCGCAAAGAUACCCAAACGAUAUUCUCUCAUAUUCUACGCUUCCGGCCAGCGGCAUACGCACCCGACAAAGAUCCACCGGUGAUCUCAUAUAUUGUGCACAACCGACCCGAAGUUCUCGUUGAAUUGUGUCGAGGCUAUAACCAAAGCCAGAGUGCCAUGCCCUGCGGGGUUAUCCUGCGGGAGGCUUUGAAGUUCGACGUGGUUACCGCAGUGAUCCUCUACGACCAGUCGAAUGAGGGAGAGCCUGCAGUCCGACUGUCAGAACUCAAGCCCAAUCUCCCACAGAGUGGUAAUGGGGUGUUCUGGAAUUUCUUCCAUUGGAUUGACAAGAGCAAUUUCGAAGUCAGCGCCGAUGCAUUCACAACGUUUCGGGAAAUCCUCACACGCCACAAAAGUCUGGUGACUGCCUAUCUUGCGACCAAUUUCGACUUAUUUUUCGGCAAAUUCAACAACAUUCUCAUCCAAUCAGACUCCUAUGUCACUAAACGCCAGAGUAUCAAAUUACUGGGUGAGAUCUUGUUGGACCGGGCCAAUUACAACGUCAUGAUGGCCUACGUUGAGAGUGGAGACAAUCUCAAGCUGUGUAUGAAACUCUUGCGUGAUGACCGCAAGAUGGUGCAGUACGAGGGAUUCCAUGUUUUCAAGGUAUCGUCGCCGCAGUGCCCCCUCAGUACCAUUCUACGAGCGCAUGUGUUUGUCGCCAACCCAAACAAAUCCAUGGCCGUCCAGCGGAUACUCAUCAACAAUCGGGACCGACUGUUGAGGUUUCUGCCCAAAUUCCUUGAAGAUCGAACGGAUGACGAUCAAUUCACUGAUGAGAAGAGUUUCUUGGUCCGCCAAAUUGAACUUUUGCCGAGGGAGCCUGUUGAUCCAGGCCGCCCCUCCCGGGAAGCCCACCCUGGGCACAAUACUGCUGCGGCAGUCUGA